UGGCGAUCAGAGGUCGCAUGAAAAAUUUGAGACUGACAUGAUUCAAAAGGUUCAGUGUGAGAGAGAUCCAAGAUUCCUUUCUAAAUAUGGGAGAUGGAUACUACAAGAUGGAAGUUUAAGAUGGGGAUUGCACUCAAAGUGUAUUUCAAAGAUGUUGAAGCCUUCAGAACUCAGAACUUGUUUUGAAAAACUAAGAAAUAUAAAUUGCUACGGAGACUCCCAUCUUGUUUAUACGAUGACUUAUUUUCAACAACUGAUAGAAAAUACCUCUGUUUAUCAUAAAACGGGUAUCAAUUGG